AUGUCUGCAAUAAGUGCAAAAUUCCCAGUCGACCUUAAAUCUUUCAAGAAGCUCUCGCUCGAUUACAAAAAUCCACAACUGAGCCAGCAGCAGAGAGAAGAUCUCUUGCACAACAUCAACGUAUUCAGAGACGCCAUCGUUGCAUUUACUGCUACUGGUUCUGCAAGAGGUGUUUCCGGUCACACUGGUGGUCCAUUUGAUACAGCCCCAGAGGUGUGCAUCCUUCUCGCUUUCAUGAAUGCAAACCCUGAAAGAUUCGUCGAUACCUUCUUCGAUGAAGCUGGUCAUCGUGUUGCUACGCAGUACCUCCUUUCUGCACUUGACGGUCAUAUUGAGCCAGACCACCUCCUUAACUACCGUGAAGCCUACUCUAAACUCCCUGGUCACCCUGAAUUGGGCUUGUCUGACGGUGUCAAAUUUUCUUCAGGCCGUCUCGGACACAUGUGGGCUAUGAUCAACGGUGUCGCUCUCGCAAACAGAUCUAAGAAUGUUAUCUUGCUUGGAUCUGAUGGCUCGCAACAAGAAGGUAACGACGCUGAAGCGGCUCGUCUUGCCGUCGCUCAAAAUCUCAACGUUAAGCUCUUCGUCGAUGACAACGACGUCACCAUCUCAGGUCACCCUUCACAAUACAUGAAAGGAUUCAACACAGCAAAGACUCUUGAAGGACAUGGCUUAAAGGUGUUCAGAACUGAGGGUGAAAACAUUGACAAGUUGUAUGCAUCUGUCUGUGAGAUUGUUGCGUACGAUGGUCCAGCUGCUGUUGUUGCGUCGAGAAAGAUCGCUCCACAAAUCGAGGGCAUCGAGGGUGAAUCUCACGCCCACGAUGUUAUCCCAGUCGCUGUUGCCAAGAAAUACCUCACCAAGCGUGGCUACAGUGAAGACCAACUCAAAUUCUAUGACGACAUCAAGGCACAAAAGUACCAAUACGAACACGUUGGUGCAUCUAAGGAUGUCGGCGCCAACAGAGUCAUUUUCGGUGAAUCUGUCAACAUGGUCCUCGACAAGCUUUCAAAGGAAGAGGCAGCAAGACGUGUAAUGGUUAUCGACUCGGAUCUCGAAGGUUCAACUGGUUUGAAGGGUAUUCACUCAGCCCACCCAGAAGUCUUUGUUCCAUCUGGUGUCAUGGAGCGUGGUAACUUCUCUGCAGCAGCUGGAUUCGGAUUUGGAGGUAACGGCGAGCGUCAAGGUGUAUUCUCAACCUUUGCAGCCUUUUUGGAAAUGUGCUUGUCAGAAAUUACAAUGGCUAGACUUAACAGGUGCAACUUCCUUUGUCACUUCUCUCACUCAGGUGUGGAUGAGAUGGCUGACAACACUUGCCACUUUGGUCUAAACCACUUUUUCGCCGAUAAUGGUCUUCUUGACACUGCUCAAACCAACCUUUACUUCCCAGCUGAUGGAGAGCAGAUGAAGGCGGUUGUACAGAAGGUAUUCUUCGACAAGGGACCAAAGUUUGUAUUCUCUACUCGUGCCAAGGUACCAUAUAUCUUGAAGGAGGGUAGUGAGACAAAGCUUUUCGGUGACAACUACAGCUUCGUUCCAGGAAAGGAGGAAUUUAUUAGGAAGGGGUCUGCAGGAUAUGUCGUUUCAUAUGGUGACAUGCUCCACCGCUCAUUGGACGCGGUUGAGCGUCUGCGUAAGGAGGGAAUUGAUGUUGGAUUGAUCAACAAGCCAACACUCAACAUUGUGGAUGAAGAUGCCAUGCAGGUAUAUGGCAAGACAGGAUUUGUGUUGGUAGUUGAAUCAAUUUCACAGAAGAAUGGUAUGGGAUCGAGAAUGGGUACACAAUUGCUUCAACGUGGAUUGACAACCAAGUAUGAUUACAUGGGUGCGACAACCGAGGGAUGUGGAGGAGUUGCGUACCAAAUCAAGCACCAAGGAUUAGAUGCACCUGCGGUCCAAGAUAGAAUCAGAAAGAUUGCAGGACGCAACGGGUUAUACUCGCUCUACUAUGGCCCCCAAGACGUUUUACAGCAAGGAAAAAAGGAAAGAAGUGUGGUACUCUUAAAUACCGCAGCGACGGACGAGAACUCGUUCCUAGUUAAGGGUCUAACGGCGUACACAGAAGGUACUGUUGACUUUCUGAAACCCUCGUUUGUGAAUGGAAUGUGGUUUUUGUCUUCUAUAUUGAUGGACAAACUGCGAAGAGUUACUUCGCCCUCAAAAGACCGGCGCGACUUAAAUCGCCUUUCCCUCGUCGAGCUCAAUCGUCACUUCAACGAGAGACCGUUGCCUUUGUGA